AUGCGACGUCGACCGCUACCAUCUGUGCGCGAGGAAGCGGCUGCCAAAUCAUGGAGGAGUGUGUGUGAAAAUGAGUGGGUGACGUACGCUCUGGUUGCUUCGGUCGGCGCUUUGACCUACUCAAACAGUCUGAAUGGCGAAUUCGUCCAUGAUGAUAUCCCAGCUAUCGUGUCUAAUGGGGACGUCAACGGCGCCAAUUCGGUGAUACGGAUAUUCAAAGAUGACUUCUGGGGUACACCGAUGUCUGAUCCACAUAGCCAUAAAUCAUACAGGCCGCUAACAACAAUCACCUUUAGGUAA